GGCCGGGCCAUGGUGCGUCGCGCCCGGCUGGCGCUGGUGGCGGCGGCGCUGGUGGCGCUGGGGGCGCCGCCGCCGCCGUGCGCGGGCGCCCGGGCGCUGGAGUGGUACACGGCGUGGGUAAGCACGUCCUAUGUGGAGCCGCUCAGCAACCGCACGGUGAACGGCCGCACGGAGAGCGGCCGCUACGGGGACAGCUCGCCCAAGGAGAGCGCACAGGGCCAUGUGGGCAUUCCCCGCGGCGCCUCGCCCCGCCACAUGGAGGGUUGCGACGCCGACACCGACUACGACGUGCCGCUGCCUCCCGGUGGCCGUGGGCCCUCUGAGGGCAGCCCACCGACCUGGAUCGCCCUGGUGGCCCGCGGUGGCUGCACCUUCAAGGACAAGGUCACCAACGCGGCGCGGAAACGGGCGGCCGCCGUGGUCAUCUACAACGAGGCCCGCUUCGGCAACAGCACCGUCUCCAUGUCCCACCUGGGAACAGGAAAUACAGUGGUGAUAAUGGUUGGUUAUCCAAAAGGAAUAGAGAUAUUGGAGCCAGUACGAAGAGGUAUUCCAGUAAGAAUGAGCAUUGUGGUUGGCACACGACAUGUGCAGGAAUACAUUAGUGGUCAAUCAGUUGUGUUUGUAGCCAUCGCCUUCAUCACCAUGAUGAUUAUAUCGCUUGCUUGGCUCAUAUUUUACUAUAUACAACGUUUCCUGUAUACGGGAUCACAGUUUGGAAACCAGGGACAUAGGAAAGAAACCAAGAGAGCCAUCAGCCAGCUUCAGCUGCAUACAGUGAAACGUGGAGAAAAGGGUUUAGAUGUUGAUGUUGAAAACUGUGCUGUGUGCAUUGAGAACUACAAACUGAAGGACACUGUCCGAAUUCUGCCAUGCAAGCACAUCUUCCAUAGAACGUGCAUUGAUCCUUGGCUUUUGGACCACCGAACUUGUCCAAUGUGUAAACUAGAUGUUAUCAAAGCUCUGGGAUACUGGGGGGACCCUGAAGAUGUACUUGAAGUUCCAAUACCUGAAUCCAUAAGUGGCAGUGUUUCAGUUGGAAGUCUGAGUAUUGCUUUGCAAGAUGAUGACAGAAACGAAGUAAGCGAAUUGUCAGCUUCCUCCACUAAUGAAUCUGUACUGCAGUGUACCAGCUUAAAAGAGGACGCAGGGGAAACCACGGCCUUGCUUGAUGUGGAUGCCAGUAAUAACCGGCAUGGAGAACAUUUAUCUAAUGGAAAUUCCCACUGA